AUGGGAGGGAGGGAUGUUUGUCCGGAGGCUUGGAGGCAGGGGGAGAAGAUCCUCGUGUCCGAACCGCGGGAUGUGAUCAAGGGGUGUGAGGAAUUGACCUCGCUGAAACAAUCUCUCCUGAAAAGCCCGGUCGGUCAAGACCUCUCCCUCCCCGGCAUGGCCAUCUCCGCCUCCGUCCCCCUACAAACCGCCCUAAAAGACCUGAACCUCAUACCAAGCCCCGCCGACCCCGAACCAACACCCCCACAGCAGGAGUCUCUAAACCACCUCCUCCACCUCGCGCGCUCCGCCGAGCAGCGAAUCCAACAAGCCCUCCUGGACACCGAGUUCGUCAUGCACCAACUCCGCGCCUUGUGUAAGGAGGCUUGUGAGGAGGAGGAGGAGUCGAAGAAGGCUGUUGCGAAGACGAUGCCGGAUUUGCGGAAGAGGUGGUGGGUGCAGAUGGAGGGGUUGCGUGAGGCGGCGAGGUUGGUGGGGGAGGAGGGUGGGGCGGAGGGGGCUUUCUGGGUGGGAGGGAGUCCGGUUGAUAGUGGGAGGGGGUCGAGGAGGGGGUCGAGGGUGGGAGAGGUGUAG